UGAGCCUGUGGUCCCGGCCGCGCAGUCAAAGGCUUGUGAGAACCCGGUGGAUGCUGGAUUCAUCCCCACCGCCGCCACCGCUGCCGCCGCUGCUGAUUCUCAGGGGCUGCCAGAGCAUGGACUAUUAAAAACUUGCAUUUCUGCAGUGUGAGGUAAUAUUUUAACUCCAAUAUGGGAAAGCAAAACAGCAAGCUACGUCCUGAAGUCAUGCAAGAUUUGCUAGAAAGUACAGACUUUACAGAACAUGAGAUCCAGGAGUGGUACAAAGGCUUUUUGAGAGACUGUCCAAGUGGACAUUUAUCUAUGGAGGAGUUUAAAAAAAUAUAUGGAAACUUUUUCCCUUAUGGGGACGCUUCUAAGUUUGCGGAACAUGUAUUCCGCACUUUUGACGCCAAUGGAGACGGAACAAUAGAUUUCAGAGAAUUCAUCAUAGCCUUGAGUGUAACUUCGAGAGGUAAACUGGAGCAGAAGCUGAAGUGGGCAUUCAGUAUGUACGACCUCGAUGGGAAUGGCUACAUCAGUAAGUCAGAGAUGCUGGAAAUCGUGCAGGCAAUCUAUAAGAUGGUUUCGUCUGUAAUGAAGAUGCCAGAAGAUGAGUCAACACCAGAGAAGAGGACAGAGAAGAUCUUCCGUCAGAUGGACACCAACCGUGAUGGAAAGCUCUCUCUGGAAGAGUUCAUCCGAGGCGCCAAGAGUGAUCCAUCCAUAGUCCGUCUCCUGCAGUGUGAUCCCAGCAGCGCCGGCCAGUUCUGAACCUAUUCUUUGGAUGAAUUAUGUAUCUGCUUUUUUUUUUCCUUGCCAAACAACAUUCAUGGUAGUGUUGCCUCUGUAUGGCCAAUUAUGCCUUUAUUUGUGGCAUCUUAUAGCUUCUUUUGUUGUGGAUUAAUUAUAAGAAUGCUGAAUUGCUCUUAUCAAUUUGUCCAGGGCACGGGCAGUACUGUUUUAAACAGAUAUUGUGGUGUUAUCAUUGUUUUAAAAUUUUCAUUUUGGUUUUUUUGUUUGUUUGUGUUAACGUAUCUGUUUUGGAAAGUAUGCGUUGAGGAAGAGUAAACCAACAACAAAACCCUUGGCAGCAAGACACGCUGACAGAUUUUAGAUUGCUGCUUUAGUUGUUAAGUAUUCACCUGCAGGACCUGAAAAGUGUUGUAGAGGCUGAACCAAAGGUGUUGUGACAGGUGGGGUAGGAUUCAGCUAGAACUUAUCCAGGAGGCACCAGUUAACGUCAAAGACAGGGCUGAGAAAAAGUACAAAAGUGCAAAACGUAUGGGGUAUGUUGUCCACUCCUAUACCUCCUUGUUUCAAUGCUGUGAACAUUUUCCAGGUUGUGAAGGAGAAGGGACAAAACAAAGGUUGACAUUUUUUUACUAGGUUUACAGUGGUUGAAUUCACAUGGCUUUAUCUGAAAAUUCAGCAAUUUGCAAUCCUGAUCUCCAAAUCCACAACUGACAAUACCUCUUGCCGUUUAGGAUCAGCAAAGGCAGACACAGAUAUGAAAAACUGGGUCUUGACAAUGAAUUUAAGGGAGAUACAUGUUGAAUGUGAAAUUUUUAGGUUAGUAAUAAAGCAGUUGCUACUAAGGAGAGUGGGCAUUCAUGUGAGGAACUCACGGACACCUGCAAGCAUCUCCAGCUGAGGCACAUCUGCUAUUCUGAAUGCUCUUGCAUAGGAGAAAUUUUUGGAGGUGUUUUUGUCUCUCUCCACAUAGCUAACAGAGUUUCUGGGCCUGCUCUUAGGGGGAGGCUCUCAUCAAAACUUGUUUUAAACAUAAAAUUGUAGCAUUUAUAUUUCAUUUAUUUUAGUAAAGUUCAAAAAAUCUGUACUGAAAUGAGGAAAUGGUACGCUUUAUGAUAUAUUUAUAUAUAUAAAAAUUAAAACAAAAAAAGAUCAGCUCUUGAGAGAAAUGUUGAAUGUUUAUCUUUUCGCCUAGAUGCAGGAGUUCUGAAAUUUGCUGCUGAAAAACUUUAUCCUUUGGUCAAAGUUGCUGUAUGCAAGGCUAGUACACGUAUGUGGGAUUUCUUAGGGACUUUACAAGCACUGUUGCAACGGGAAGCAUUAUGCUGAGUAAAUUGGCAUUAACCAAUCAUUGGCUAAAGUCUGCUCUGUGAUCCUGUUGGAGAGGUAUCAAUGCAGGCAGCACACAGUGUUGGGAAUUCAUGAGCUUCUUAGAGUAACCUUUGUCUGACAGGAAGGGUUGGCAUUUUGUCAAGUGACCUUGUAGUUGCUAAUCCCCAGUAGCCUUAAUUUAAAAUAAACUAAGUGAAAUAAGUCUGCUUUACAGAUGAUGAUUAGCUAAGUACUAAUUAGAAGUCAUGAAUAAGUAGUUAUGAAUAAUUUUAUGUGGAACACUAGCAAGCAUGUACAAUAACUGACAGAAACAAUCCUAGACUUGAUUUUUUCAUACCUUUGCUUUGCCAGGUGUGAAGUGCAAAGCAUGUUAAAAGACAAUAAAAAUAAAUUGAAAAUAACAUUGUUAAUUGGUUGUACUAAAAUUAUUAUGAGUGGCUAAUUACACUCAAUAAAUGUAUUCAAGAACACACCUUUAUCUCAAACAAUCACAGAAAUCUGGUUGAUGAUAUAUUCCCCUCACGUUAAUCAAAAUACUGAACAGAGAUGAGUGGGGGAAAACGAGAAAGCAAAAGAGGCCCAAACACAGAUGCAAACAGAUUUUAAUACCCAGUGCUUUCAGCUGUUAUGAGCAUCAGUGACAAGUUUUGCACCAAUUCUUAUGGCUGAUGGAAAUGUUCCCUAUCUCUUUCUCCCAAAACUUCAUUAGACAUCCUGUGCACAAAUCUAACUCUUCAAAGGAGAGCCUAUGCCUACUUUCUUCAAGGUAAUUUUCUACUUUAUCUGGAGAGGCCCUCUCUCCCGUAUCCAUCACCUCAUGGAUAGUAAAAGUUAUGUUCCCCCUUGAGUGCUUUGAGGGUUGUUUUUCAGCAGGAGAAACUUGGACAGACUGCUGGGGAUUGCUGCAAGAAGGUCAGUGGGCAUGCACUGAUCAACACCCCCCUCUUCCAGACGAGAAUGGCGAGUCCCGCCACCUCAGCUGCUCCUGGGGCGCUCCAUCACCACUCCAGUGUGGGCAGCAGGACAAGGUGACGCCAGAGGAUCCCUGCUGAACUUCUAACCUCCCGGCUCAGUGCAGCCACCCACGUCCAAAGCAGCCCAGACCUAUGGAAGCUGGCAUUUACUGAAGGUGAACUCGGAUACCUUCUAUGGUUCCAUCUUCUUCUUAAUGCUGUAAAAGCAGUUGCAUGUGACUGAAACUUUUAAAACAUUGCCUUUCAUUUAAGCGAAGGUAUUCCACCUCUUUUUCAUUUUACAGGAUAUUUCCAGGCCAGAACCUAAUCUCUCAGUUUGUUUUUGCUCAGAAGUUUUGGAGUUCUGGGGCCAGGAUCAUUUCAUAUGUUACUACCGUACAACAUGUGUUUGAAAAUACGACCUGCGCUAUGACCCCAGGCCAGUGGAGAUGUGAUUCUUCCCACAGUUCACAAAAUUUGAAACUAUAAAAAUUAGGCUACAGCUGCAGAGAACAUAGCUGGAGAUAAGAGUAUUGUAUAAAUAUUUGCAGAGUGAACUAAGGUUAUUCUUUUACCUGACUACCACUGGUUGGUAUUGUUUUAAAUUAUUAACUAUCUCUUCCUUUCUCUGCUUCUGCAUGUACUUAAAGAGUGAUAGCUGGAACUGUGAUAGGAGCAUCCACAGACCUCAAAUCAGCAGGACUGCAGUGGUAUGCUGUGCCUCAGACUGGAAAUUUCUGCUUUGCUACCAUUUGCAUUUGCAAUCAUAACUGCCUUCAUAAAGCUUUUGAAGGCAAAGUGGCAUAUGCUGCAUAAAAUAGCACAGCAAGUCAGACACUUUCAACUGAUCCUUUAGCACUGUCUUCAUAUAGGAAGGAUGGCAGAUAGCACAUAGUGUUUCAUAUCACCUCUCUAUUUUGUGAGUGCAUUCUCUAGUUUUAGUUGCACGUGCAAGAGGCAACCUUCACUCACAUGUUGUCCAAAAGAAUUAACAAGUACAUCCCACAGGUAGACUGAACCCAUGGAAAAUGCCAGUCCCAUUUAUCCAACAUUCCCAGUUAGCUUGCCAAACUCUGUGCCAGAAGAUACGAAGUGAGGACUAUGGCUUGUGAAUUUUGCCGCAGACUGUCUUUGUUUUAGGAUGCUUUGGGAAGGGAAAAGGGUUGGUUCACCCUUGUGAAACCAACACACGUGUUUCUGUGAGCACUUACAGUUUGAGAGGGACUGAAGAAAUAUUUUUGUUUCAACAUUAUUUGAAGCCCUGUCAGUCCACAGCCAUGUAUGUUCCUGAGGUACUCAGAUCUGUGCUGUUCCUCUUGCUGUUCUUAGAAGCUUGUAGGAUUUUUCUUAUUGCUGGAGCAUUUUGUCCUUUGUUGUUCUGUGCUAUAAGACCUCCACAUUUUUUGCUGCUUAAAACAGUAAGCCAGAAGUGUGUAAAUUCUGUAACUGGAUGAGGUCUCUGUGCAGCAGUAUGGCACACCAGCAUAAGAGGUGGUCACACACGAUUUGAACACUCCCCUUGGGGGCUGAGCCCCAGGACUUUUCAGCAUGUGCUCUCUUCACUGAUGGCAAAAGUGCAAUAAUGCGGCUUAGCUUAAUUUUCUUUCACUGCAGACCAGGUUAAGUCACAUUACCUUUCAUUUGCUGUGGGCAGAACCUCAUCUCAGCUGACUCAUGGAAACUUGGUGAACUGUGGUAACUUGAUGUUAAGCUCUAAUCUGCAGAUUAAACCGAGAUGAGAAGAUGGCCUUGGCCAUACAUCUCAGUACAUGUGAACUAGGGAACACAGUGACAACUGGCAGGUCCCUAGAGGCACGUGGCAGUGAGAAGGGAAUCUCCUGCCUCUGAACAAAUGCCCUGAGCUGAGGUGCCUCCUUCUUUUAAAACUCUCUUUUUUCUCUUAGCACCACUGGUGAAGAUGCAACAUGAUAGCAAUAUAGCAUGUCAGGAUCAAGGAAGCAUCCUUCAAAAGAGUUUCCUUUUGAAGCUUAGUGUACAAGUGCCAAGUGAAACGAUCAGAGGGGAGGAAGGCUGGACAAAUCUUCCUGAACACCCACUACACCAGCACCUCCUUUUGUCUCUCUCAUGGUGCUCCCUGUUUCCUGGCAAGGCGCUUGGUGCAAGACCGGUGGAGAAGAAUAUUUCACCUGCCCUUCACACAAGCAUUUGGAUGCAUUCUUUGCUCUGUGUCUUACUGAGCAGGAUCUCAUGUAGUAGUCUUAAAGUGGGGGAAGUUUGUUUCAUUGGUAUCACAGGCAGAACUUGUGCUUCAAAAUUUGGAGAAACUUAGUAAACACCAGACAGCUGAGCAUUGCUCAGGGCUGCAUGCAGAAUUUUCCACUGACUGUGCAGUAGGCAGAUAAGAUGCAAGGCAGUGAUACAUCAAACUCGUGGUGUGAUGUGCUCUGAGAUAGGGCUAGAUCAGAAAUAGCACCUUCUAUCUGAGCAGCUCUGUUGCUGCUUAUUCCAUCAUAGGUACUGACGCUCUAAAAUACCUCCAGCGUGAACAUGCAUCUGCAGGAGUAGAAUAACUCUGCUUUUCCUUACAUACAAGCAGCAGAGCUGUUCAUUAUGCCCUGGCAGGAGCUGAACAAACAGCUCCUAGGAUGAACAUAGGGCUUUCCCUAAGUGUAACUGAGGGCAAAACAUUGCCUGCAGGAGUUUCCUUCCCAGUCAUGAUAGAAAAGAAUAGAAUGCUCUGAUUGACUCUCAAAGCCCAGGUGUUAUUUUGCAGGCUGGGGAAGGUGGGAGAACAGCUGUGUUUUAAGCACAGGGGGGAAAAAGCAGUAGGGAUUGUAAACUGUCAUGGAGAGCAGUGACACUAGAAACCAGGACCAGCACUGAGGGGCUGCAGAGGCUGUUAGGUGCCUGUGGCCUUCAGAGCAGUAGAACAAUCAGUUGGAUGUAAAGUCAAUCUCCUUGCCCCUUGCAGAAACAAUCCCUGUCUACUAUGGGAAUCUCAGUCAGCAGCACCCCUUAUUCCAGCCUGGCGUUUGCUGCUGUUUCUUCCAAUCAUCCAUACUGAGAAGUUGUUUCAGGGAUGAGGAUUUUCCAUUUCUUAACAAGUAACAGCUGGAAAGGCCAGGUGUGAGGGGCUUCUUGCCACAUACAGGUUUGAUUUCCUUAUUCCUCCCACAGGUCAUGUUAUUUUUAUGUAUAGUUGGAAUUAAGCUAUCAUAUGUAAAAUGCUGAUUAAUGCACAAUAAGCAAGACAAAAAAAAAAGCUUGGGUUAUAGUGAACAAUGCAAAAAGACUACAUAAAAGGCUACAAAAAGACUACAAAAACUAUAAAAGACAUCACUGCCUUUAGCCCUGUGUUUGAAUUUGCAAGGUGAAAUCCUCUUGGCAGUAGUCAGCACAGAAUAGCUCCUCUGCACCAGCCCAACCCAUGGGCCUUCCUGGGCUGCUUCAUCCCCAUGUCACCUUCUGCUCAGAAUGGGGACUCUGGGUCCUGCCACAGAGAUGGUCAUCGGAGCUUGUUAGACCUGCUGAGGGCUUCCUAGAUUUCGAAGCACACAACAGCCAUCUUCUCCCUAGUGUUCACUUACUGUGCAGCUGAGACAUGUUUUAGAUCUCCUCUUGCUCUGACCUUAUACCAAAGAUGUUCUCACCUUCCCAGGGCAUGCACUCAGGGUGUCUGGCUCUCCGAGUUUUUGCACCCACCUCCCAGUUGCCAUCCUUAGCAUCUGUAUGAACAAAUACCAGCCCUCGACAUCUGGAGGAGCCAAGUUUGAUGCACUUAGAAGGAACAGCUUCUGAUUUGGUUUCCAGCCUUUGAACCACCUGUGUGUACCUUGCCAACUAUGCUAUUUGCUUCCCAUUAUUAAAUAACAGCAGUAUUAAACAUUUCAAGGGCACACUGGAACAACAUGUUUUUCGUUAUCAUGUAUGUGUUUGUUGAGGCACAGCAGACUGAACCUGACUGGUGCUCAUUCUCUGCUCCCAUGGUUUCUUCCAGGCUGGAGCAGCAUUCUCCUAUGCAUCACCAUUCAAUGUGUAGUGCCCCAAUCCUUCCUGGAGCUCCCAGAUGCUGUGGACCAAGAGAUAAUUCUGGCAUAGUAAUAUCAUCCAGAAACUCUUCCUGCCAUCUGUCAAAAACAUGUGUUGAGGGUGUGACCUCUGGGUUUCUCCUCCCUGGGGACAGGGGUUUCAGGGUUGGCCUCGUGUUUCCCCACCAAACAGGAUGAUGGGAUGAUGGUGAUUAGUAAACCCACCUGAGAAAAUCCUCUUAGAUUCUAAACUUCAUUUGCGCUGCUCAUUGGCUGCACUCAGAGGGAAGAUUAAUGAGUCCAAUGUGGUUGUUUGGGGGAGAACUUGCAGCUCCUUGCCACCAUCACUUUUUUAUUUCCUGUCAUUAUCUUGUUCCCAUUUCCAGGGCAACCAAAUUUUUUUUUAUUAGUAUCUGUAAGAAAAAGAAAAAACAAAACCAGGGUUUUAAUCUGAUAAGGAUCUAAGGAACAUUACUGAAGACAUCGUGCUCCAUGUUAGUCAUACAAAUACUCUACAAGAUCAUAUUUCUUUGGUAUUUUGUGCUUAAUUUUCUUAUUUGCAUUUGAGGUGUGUUUGUGAUAUAUUUCAUUAUCUUGGAUCCUCUUAUAUUUAGCCCCACUGGUCCUUCAGCUCUUAUACAAAAGUCCCAAUGAUUCCAAGAGCAGGGCUGUCUGAGCUAUUACUACCAAGGUGGGCUCACGGUGCGUGGUAAAAGUGAAGUGCUUAAUUACAUUAGGGGUUAUUUUUGUCUGCACACUUGUUGCAAGGAAACAGAGCUGCAUGUCAAUGUGUUUAUCUCUUCCAAUUGCUCACUUCAAUUCCAUCCAAGCAGUUUUGUAGUUAAUAUUUGUAUAUUCAGCUCUAUUUCACACUUGAACCCAAAGUGACCAAUAUUUUCCUCUUCUGACGGAAGUACUUCAUAUCUUUUGAUUUUUAAAUAUUGACGAGUGAAUGACGUGAAGGAUGCAAAAGUAGAUAGUUACACAUUUGUGUUCUGGCUUUGGCUGUGGUAGAGUUAGUUUUCCUCACAGUAGCUAGAAUGGGGCUAAGUUUUGGAUUUGUGCAAGAAACAGUGUUAAUAACAGAGGGAUGUUUUCUUUCCAGUGGAGCAGUGUCAAGGACUUUUGUGCUUCUCACCCCACUCCAUCAGCGAGGGGGCUGGGGAUGCACAAGGAGGUGGGAGGGAACUCAGCUGGGACAGCUGACCCCAAAUGACCCAGGGAUAUCCCAGACCAUAUGGUGUCUCAGUGAGUAAGCAAAGAUGUGAGGGGGAAGAAGGAGGAAAAGAGGGACAUUCAGAGUGAUGGCAUUUGUCUUUCCAAGUCACCAUUAGGCAUGAUGGAGCCCUGCUUUCCUGGGAAUGGCUGAACACCUUCGCCCAUGGGAACUGGGGAGUGAAUACCUUGUUUUACUUUGUUUGUGCAUAGGGCUUUUGCUUUCCCUAUUAAACCGUCUUUAAACUGAGAAAACCCGUGAGUUUUCUCACUUUUACCCUUCCAACUCUCUUCCCCAUCCCACUGGGAGGGAGGGAGUGGCUCUGUGGGACUUAGUUGCCAGCUGGAGUUAAACCACAACAAUUUGUUUAAAUUUGGGCAGGUACUUUUGAUGCUGUAGAAACUAAUAAAUUGAGAUAAACCACAGCCAAAAGCUGAAUGGAUCAAAGUGUACAGUUCCUAUUUAAAUCCAUGACUAUUCCACAGGGAGAGCUUUCUCAUCUCUGUUCCCUCAGGCUGUUGCCUCAUUGCAGCAUAGAGAUACCAAAUGAAACUUUAAAUAAUCUACCAUGGGCAGACUAACUGCAGCAGCAUGGAGUUCAGCAUAUCCUGUGUCUUGGCAAAAUUAGAUACCUCUCUAGAUGAAUGCUUUGUAAGCAAACCUACAUAUCUUAAGGAAGACUUCUACCACUCAGAAAGGAGAGGGACAACUAUGAAUUAAAUUAAUUUGGUCUGCAUAUUUUUCUUAUGGCUGUCUAGAAUUGCUAGUGUCCUGAGUGUAGUUGCCUAUAGGUAUUGUGAUGUGUUAAUUUUCCCCCCUGGUUCUGUUGUAAGCUUAUCUGAUGGUAUUCCAAGUCUCCAGCUAGUUCCUUGCCAGGCAAAGCCCAUGAAAGGACGUGCAGAGGUGAGCAGCCUUCAGGCAUAUCGGGGGCAGCUUCUGGGGAUAUGGCCCUGUGCUGCUGUGUGCUUUGGGAUUCUGUGCCUGCAGAGCAACAUGUUAAACCUACCUGGUAAAAUGGAAGUAGAUGAUCAGGCCACUGAAGGAGAUGCAGAAUUUGGUGGAGGGUUGUGUAUGUUUUGUGCCCCCCAGCACGUGCACGGUUCCCCCUGCUAUUAGCUUCCAGUUAGGAUCUUUCUUGAACCCUUAGCGUUAAAGUUUUCUUAUGCUGAUAAUGUAUUUGUAUUAUGCAACGUACUCAGAAAACAGAAGAUUAUCUCCCUAUGACUGUCCUCUCCUCUCAAGAAGCUGUUAUCUUCUGUACAUAUGAUAUGCAGAAUGUAUGGGAGUCUUACCAGCGUUGGUUUGCAUUUUUAAGACUGUACUAAUUAAUGUGUGAUGCUAUUGUGUUUUUGUAGUGGUAUCUUUGAUGUAGGAUGUAAAAACUAUUUAAAUUUUUUGUUUGUUUGUUUAUUGUUCAGCUUUUAGAGAUAGCACCAACGACUGCAUGUUCACUAGAAUCAGCCUUUUUCAAGGGCCAUCAUAGCUGCACGCAGGCACCGGGGUUUCACCCGGCGCGUAGCACCUGUGCUCUUCUUUUAAUAGGGGUCAGUUUUGAGUGGAAACUAAUUCUUCCUGAGAAGUCUAGUUUUCUGUCUUACACUCUCUCAAAUUCAAGCUUCCUCCUCCCAUGCUGUGUGCCAGCCCUGGCCCCAGGAGGAGACCUGGGAGGAAUGUCUCCUGACCAGGGCACCCCGCUGGCAUCAGGCUCCCUCCCCCCUCAGCUCAUGCACACGCACAUCCGGUUUUCCUUGGAAUUGCUGGCUAUACCAGGACAAAACCCAUGGGCUCACAUUAUGAGACCAUUUGUGCAAGUGACUUUAAAAUUAGUUAACUAAAAUUUGGGGAAAUCAAGCAAUUAAGGAAAAGAAGAGCCUGAACAGCAAUUUUAAGGUCAGAAUCUUAUUGGGGUGCUUAAUAUAACAGGAAUUUGGGGUUAGUCCCUAAAAGACAGGACCCCUUGGGGGGCUUAGGUCUAUAUUUCUUGUCAGGUUUGGAGAAGGAAAUGGGGCUUGAAUCCAGCCUUUCUGGCAGGGCUGAUCUACUAGAUGGACUGAGUCUGAGAGACACUUCUCCAGAUUGUGUCCUGGGCCAAAAGUCAAGACAUGCUGCAGCUUAGGAGUUAUUUUUCUAUUAGUUUUUUUCUUUUUAAUGGAGAAAGCAAUUCAAACUGCACCUGGCAAAAUGACUGACUUCAAAAGCAUGUUUUUCCUUGUUAUAUAGACACUCACAAAACAGCAUUGUGUGGUUAAAAAGGCGCAUUUGUGAUAGUUUCUUUUUCAGUGCCAAAAUAUAUAAGCAGUAUUGUUUGAAGGGAAAUAAGAAUUUUUUUACUGUAUUGUUAUUACUGUUGAACAAAUAUAUUGUUUUUAAAUGUUAGAUUUUGAAGACUUUUGUAUUGUAAACUGUUUUGUGACACGGUGCUUUUUCAUACUGGAAUUACUGAUUGCACCUAAAUAUGAAUUAUUGUUUUCUUAUAUAAAUAUGUAACCUUGAACAAUCUUGAUGAAAACCAAUGUAUGGUGGAUACUGACAGUUCAAACAAAUUGACCUACUGAAAUCCCCUAAAUGUUCUUUCCUACUAAUAAACAUUCUGCUGCAGCUA